CCGGCGGGGCCCGGUCUAGUCGGCGUCGCUUCUCGGGCCUGCGCCUCGCGGCCGGGCUCCCGGGUGGCGUUGAUGUUCGGGGCCGCCGGGCGCCCUGCCAUCGGAGCAGCCGCCGGGGAGGCCUGGCAUUUCAGCAGAGCGAUGGAAGAACUGGUUCAUGAUCUUGUCUCAGCGCUGGAGGAGAGCUCUGAGCAAGCUCGGGGAGCCUUUCCUGAAACGGGAGAUCAUUCUCGAAGUCUGUCUUGCCCUCUGAAACGCCAAGCCAGGAAAAGGAGAGGAAGGAAGCGGAGAUCCUACAAUGUUCACCACCCGUGGGAGACAGGCCACUGCCUGAGUGAAGGCUCUGAUUCUAGCUUAGAGGAACCCAGCAAGGACUACCGAGAGAAUCACAGUAACAAUAAGAAAGAUCACAGUGACUCUGAUGACCAAAUGCUGGUGGCAAAGCGCAGGCCAUCUUCCGGCCUGACUAAUAACAUCCGAGGUAAGAGGCCUCUGUGGCACGAGUCCGACUUGGUGGUGGACAGCCUUGGGAACAGGACUCUGCGCAGGAGGCGGAAGGUAAAGCGCAUGGCGGUGGAUCUUCCACAGGACAUUUCCAGCAAAAGGGCCAUGACCCAGCCACCUGAGGGCUGCAGAGAUCAGGACAUGGACAGUGACAAAGCUUAUCAAUAUCAAGAGUUUACCAAGAAUAAAGUCAAAAAGAGAAAGUUGAAGGUCAUUAGACAAGGGCCAAAAAACCAAGAUGAAGGAGUCGUUUUAGAAGGUGAGGAAACAAGUCAGACCAAUAAGGACAAGAUGGAGUAUGAAGAGCAGAAAGUCUCAGACGAGCUCAUGAGUGAAAGUGACUCCAGCAGUCUGAGCAGCACUGAUGCAGGAUUAUUUACAAAUGAUGAGGGAAGACAAGGUGAUGAUGAGCAGAGUGACUGGUUCUAUGAGAAGGAGUCAGGUGGAGCAUGUGGGAUCGCUGGCAUCGUGCCAUGGUGGGAAAAGGAAGAUCCUGCAGAGCUGGACAGAGAUGUGCCAGACCCCGUCUUUGAAAGCAUCUUAACUGGUUCUUUCCCCCUCCUGUCACAUCCGGGCAGAAGAGGUUUCCAAGCUAGACUCGGCCGCCUUCAUGGAAUGCCUUCAAAGAAUAUUAAAAAAUCUGGAGGAACUCCAACUUCAAUGGCUACAAACUGGACCAGUGAGAUUCCCCUAUAAACAAAUCUUCUAAUGCUAAUAAUUAGUUACGUUUUGAACACGUGGGGAAUGACAUUCGAGGGGACCUGGCUCCUGUCCUCUUCCCUGGAGGAAGAUCUUUGAAGUGAGAGCCUCUCUGGUGCAUUCAUGGGCUGUUUUUGCUGGAGGACUAUUUUCUUCUUUUUAGCCAAAAGUGAACCUGAUGGGGGAGGCUGCAAAGACGUAGGUUGGCCAACGGUGGAUAGAAACUGCUGUACGUUUUAUUCAUUUUUCUCUUUCAUGAUUUUUUUAUGUUGACUCCACUUGUGUAUUACUUGCUUUUUCAAAAUGGUAACAAAAGAUAAAAGAUUGAAACCUUCCAGAUUUAUCCUAAGUAUUCCUUAAUGUUUUCUGUUGUGACUGGUUAAGAGUUAAUUUCUAUAUGUCUGACUGUUGUAAAUGAAGCUGUGAUACAUGGCCAGUUAUGGUUCAUUUUAUGCGAAUUAUCCUGUGACUAGCAUAUUUGCAUUUUGCUCAGGGUGUUUCAUCAAGGGGUAAUUUAAGUAAUAGGUGAGGUUGACAUCUCGGCUGAAGUAUGAUAUUGGUUUAGUUUUCAUUGUACUUGGAUAAUAGCUCUAUAUUGCAAGCCUUUUGUAUUACACAGUAUCGUUUUAAUUGUGACCAGAAAUCACCCCACCUCUGGCCCGGCAGGAUGAGAACUAGUGUCUUAUUGCUGUUACCUUUCCCGUGGUCAUUUGUCCUGGUCUAGAGCUUGAGGAAACCAUGUGAAACCUGGUUGUUUAACAAAUACUGUAUGACUGACUCAUUGUCAUUUCCAAAAGUGAGAGCUGCUUGCUCAUUCUUGGAUUGUCAGCAUGUGUAUCACUGAAUUUCAGAAAUACAUGAGCUCAUUUUCACCAACCAGGGAGGAGAUGUGCCAUCCCUGUUGAUGGUAUCAUUCAGACAUUGUACUUAUUCAAGCCAUUGUAAUUCUUUUAAAUAGUUAUAAUUAAUAUUUUUAUCAACUUCCAAUCACUGAUGAAAUUGAUAUGAUUUAAGAUUUGUGUUUUUGUAAUAUAUAGUUCGACUGUAAAAGCAGCAUUUAAUGGCUAAAUUAGAUAUGAUGGAAAAGAAACUUAAAAACUGACAUUGUUUUUACCCAAAGCUGUUACUGUAUAAGGAUAUAUUAAGCAGGAAUAUAUGACCUCUUCUUUAGAUUGCUUAUCUAAGUGGGAGGAUUAAAAAUCACACAAUGCAACUUCGAGUCUCUUUACCUAUUGAAAAGUACAAUCAUGUGGUGUUUAGUCAUUGUAUAUAAGUGUUUGUAUGCUAUGUUUUGGAGAAAAAAAAUUAUGUUUUUGUCUAAAUUACAUGAAUGUUCUAUUUUGUGUAAUAACUGUUUUUAAAUAAGUCACUUUAAAACCUUGGCCUAUGAACUUCGCCUUACCAAUCAUGAAUCUAGAUGAAUGCUGUCUAGUUCUUGGUUCAAUUUUACCUAUUUUUAUUUUUGGUUCACUGCUUGCUUGAGCAUAGCUGGGAUUUGUAGCCCAUUUUCUAGGCUUAUUGCAAUCUCACUGUGGUAUUUUAUAGAAGCUAUUACAACUGAUAGGCUAGCUUCAUGGCGUUGAUGAUACAUGGCUUAGCCACACUAAAAGCUGCCUUUCCGCUCUAACCUGUAAAGAGGUGAUUAAGUUUCCCUUGAUGGAGACGCACUGUAUAUGCGUGUUUAUCAUGGGGCUUGGUACACUGGGUCAUCGUGUGUUUUCGUGGUCUACGUUUUUUGUUUUUUGUGUUUUUUUUUGUAUUCAAAAUUUUACUGAAGACAACAGACCCCCUUCUGGUUUUCUUUUUCUCAACUGUGAAUUGUCCUUAUUUGUAACUUUUUGCUUUCAAUAAAAUCUUUGACUUGGAUAAGGAAGGGAAGAGUUCCAGUUUGUGCUGAUAUUUUUGUAAUUUCCUGUGUCGUUUUUGCUUACUUACAUGUAGCUAAGCCCUUUAAACAUUAAUCUUACAGAACAGUCCUCUUUAGGCAAUAUCCAUUAUCCUUGUGAUAAGAAAUGAACUUAAUUACCUUAGACUUUGACACUGGAAGGAGCUGAUUUUCCGAGAAAGCUCAAGGUGUAGCUUUGGCACAUUCAGCAGAAUGGCAGCCAGGGGCUUCUUAAGUGAGCGCGUGAAGCCUGCAUAAGACAGUGGUGCGGUGUAUCGGAGCGAAAUGGCCGCAGGGCCUUUAACAGAAAUACUAGUCUGAACAUUUUUAGGGGUAAGUUUUCAGUCACUUCUCCUUACUGGGGCUGGGUGUGUUCUGUGCCCUCACAGAGCCUUUUCCCGUUUAGGACUUGAGUCUUAGGUGAUGAACACAUAACCUAGUUUCGUUAAUGUCUCUGUUUAAAGGUAUUUAGUAUGUAUUGUUGUUGAUGGAUGAGCAUUGAACUCAUGGCUAUUAGAACUCUAACCAAGGCUUGAACCAAGCUUCUGUAACAUGGUUUUUCUCCACAUGGCUCACUAAAGCUUUCUGGGCUUAGUAACAAUGAAGACCCUUUUCAGCCUGUCCUCAGGGUCAUUGAGAGCAGCAGAAUCACAGCAGGGAAUGAAAUGCAGGAAGCAGCACUGAGCAGACCUUAGAGAGCACUUGCUUAGAGCAGCAGCAGCAGCAGCAGCAGCAGCACACGGGCCGCGGGCCUCAGCUGGGAACGCAUGUCUGCCGCACAGUCCAGCUUCCCCGCUGAGCAUCACAGCCUGAACCCUCUCUGAGUACUGACUGCGGAGUUGGAACUAAAUUCUAACAAGGCAGAUUUUCAUAUUUGAAAUGUGCAAGUGGGAACAGGAAUUGACUAUUUGAACAUUAGUAGAGAGUGAAGGGAGUUGUAGAAAAUUUGCCGAUUUUGAAAUCACUUCUUUGUAGUUCCAUUCUGGGUAAUAAUCACAUUUUCUCUGCUUUUCUUUUGAUAAAUACAGCCUCUUCAGAAAUACUAUUAAAAAAAUGUCGUUAGGCUUCAUCUCAGUCUCAUCUUUGAUACACAGGGUCUACUAAGUGACAAUGACAUUACUAGUGUAUGUUUUAAACAUCAAGUUGUAACUUAAAGUACAUUUGUGCCAUGAGCCAAAGGGCAGAAUUUGACCUUACACAUUUAUAUUCAUAUUUGUUAAAUAAUUGAAUUCCUAUUGAUAUUUAUAGUGCUUUGUAUUUAUUACAGCCUCUUUGGCUUAUUCUGUAUUUCAUAUUUCAGCUGGCCCUGUCUUUACUGUCAUCUGCAGUGGAUUAUUUUAAAUAAGUUUAGUUUAAUUGGCACUGCAUUAAACCAAAGCUCAAGUGCAAAACUGAAAGUCCCUCUUUCCUCACAUCUCCCUUCUCUUCCACAUUGCUGAGCUGUUCAUUUGUAUAGAGACCUAGUUGCUUAUGAGAUUUGAGUCUGGAUCUCGUUUUUGGAACAAAUUGUGCCUAAUUAUAUGUGGGAUACACUCAGGUAGAUUCCUGAGAAGUUAAUGUUGAUAAGAAAUACUGAACUGGAUGUAGUGGUGGUACCCCUGUAAUUCCAGUACAUGGGAGUCUAGGCGUUCAGUGUCAUUCUUGACUGUAUAGCAAGUUUGAGACCAGCCUGGACUAUGUGAGACUAUAUUCGAAUAACUAAAAUAGUAACCACAAAAAAUCAAUAUUGCUUCCCUUGGUUAGAAUAAACCUCUUAUUUAUUAGAGCCCAGCUAACUAGCCUUUCAUUCCCUCCUAAAGUGAAUUAAGCACAAGUGAACAUUAAUUCCAAGGAAUGUCUAGGGACCAUCACCCAGGAGAUGAAUGUCUUCUCUUUCUAGAGUUCAUUAAGUGCAAUUCAGAAUGAUAACACAGUAAUGAUGGCCCAGUCAUUUCUGGGAUAUAGGACUUGCACAUGGAAUCCAAGUAACCUGACAUGAGCUGAUGAUUCAACAGGUAUUGCAUCUAUCCAAUGAGUGUUAAUCAAAAUAUGUUGUCUAUUGAAAGAUCUGAAAAUAUAUAACACAGUUAAAAAAUACAGUUCUUGAGAGUCAACGUAACUAUUAUAUAAGGAGUUGUAAGUCACAGCGUUUUGGAAAUGAUUUUACAAUUGUCUCAGGUUGAGUCUUUAUGUCACAGAUGAGAACCCAUGCCGGGGUGGGGUGCUGCACUUACUCUGCCAAAGACGAGGGUCUCGUUUAAUUCACUUCUUUUUAAAACGUUGUCAAAUUUAAAUAUCUUAGAAAAAAGUUGUAAUCCUCAGUUUUAAUUGUCACGCCAUACAAAUGAGCACAUGUUGGGUAUUCCUAGCACUGUAGCCCAGAACAAGUAAGUCAUCUGUGUGCGGAAUGGGGAAUCCGUUCCUUUUCAGGGAGACAGUGAAUGCUGUGAUGUCUCCUUUGAUGAAGUCAUGGGAAGGCUGGGCUCCAUGAGAGGCAUGCUACGGGCAGUCCUGCUGUGGUUCCUCUAUGACGUGCUUAAAUGUCAUUUUGGUUUCUUUAGAGUAGAAGUAUUUAAUUUAGCCCUUUAUAAGAACAUGCCCAUGUAAAACUAGGCUGUUUCAGGGAACUCUGUAAACUUUUCUAUAAUACUUGCCAAAAAAAAAAAGAUUCGUUUUAUGAUAGAAAAUAAACUGAGAAUGAAUUUGAAAACAACACAGAGC